GAGAUAAAAAAUGAAAACAUUGAAUGAAUAUUUUCCCAAAGAAUGCUAAAAGUAUGACUUGUACAAUGGCUUUUGUUUAUACUUAUGUUUGUAUAUAUUUUUUUUAGUUAUUGCUAAAAGUUUUGCUCAUCUAGUGUGAACUGGUGUCAUUCAGCUUUUUCAAUAAAACGCUGAUUUCUUAACGCUAUAAAUAAGAUUCCAGUAUAAUCAUAAAUUAAUUACAUGAGUGAGUACAGUCCGUGAAUAUACAGUAUGAAAGACGAUAUACCGUACAUUUAGAAAAAACAGCCAGGGCUUUCGGCAUAUAGGAGCUAUGUUAGACUUUUACGGAGAAGGAAAACGACACCGGAAGUCGUGAUGUUUUGAUGGGCCCUGAUUGGCUGGAGGACUCGGACACAUCCUGAAACACAACGGCUUCAAAAUGCCUUCAUUUUUACCCGCGGUGGCUCAACAACUUUUCCGAGAUAUCCAGAAAACAUACCAGGAAACGUCCCAAAUUCCCGAUGACCUUCUAAUUGCGCUGAAGUUUGUCUUCGGGUCGUGUGCGUUACAGGCUUUGGACUUGGUCGACCAGCGUUUAGUCACGUGCCUGUCAUCUCCCAGCGGACGCAAGGCCUUCCAGGUAGUGGGAGGCUCGGGGCGUUUGUACACUUGCUUCUCGUCCUGUCACUACUGCCCUUGUCCGGCUUUCACCUACACGGUGCUGCGCAGAAAUGAAGGCCUGCUGUGCAAACACAUCCUGGCCAUCUACCUGUGUCAGGCCAUGGCUGUGACUCAGCAGGACAGCGUGUCUGAUCAGCAGAUGUCCACGCUGCUCAGCGGGACAGCGGCACUUUGACAGAAGCUGGACCAGAUCACCUGCUCCCACGGGGACACACACUGGGACACACACUGGGACAUACGAGAGCUGAUAUUUGAAAUGGACAGUUUCUUCACCUGUUUCCAUGGACAUUGGAUCUGUUCACCGACUACGAACAGUUUACUUUUCAGUUUAUUUUUAUCAUCGUCAGACCGAAAGCGAGAAUUUCUCCCGUGUGUCAUUUGUAAAUAGAAACUGUUUUAAGAUGGAGACACGAGGAAUAAAGACCGACCUUUUAACAAUA